AUCAAAAAAUUGAAAGAAGCGCCAUUAGAAUUUUUCUCGCUUUUACUGCAUUUUUAUGGAAAAUUCUUUGUUUUAGGCGCAUAAAAACCAUUACAAACUGAAGAAUUAUUGGUGUUCUUUGUUUAUUAUCAGUAGUUAUAGUUUGCUUGAAGGACUUUUACCCGCCAUUAUCGUUAUAUGUGUGUGUCGAUUUGUUUUCAACCGUGGCGACAUAAGAGACUUCGAAGGGCUUGUCGGCAAAAUUUGACAACUUAUAAAAUGGCGGCCUCUUUUGAACUUAAAAGUGUUUUCAAUAAUUUUGAACCAGUUUAAUAGUGCUUUAAUACAUUUUAUUGUGUGUGAAAUAUUGAAGGACUUUGGUGUUUAAAACCUUACAAUGGAACACAACUUGGAAGAUUCUUUAAACUUGGAAAGUGCAAUUGGCAAUAUGGAUUUUGACCAUACGGAAGGAGUUGUGAGUCAAGAAGACAUAUCGUUAGAAACAACUGGACAUGAACCAGAUAUUCCAAUGGAAUUUGAGAAUAUUGAGGAACAACAGAUGCUCAUGGACACUGAGGGUGAAGAGAUUAUAGUUUCAGAUUUUAUGACUGACCAGUACACAUUGCAGGAGUAUUCUGUACAAGAUGAUUCGGUACCAGAAACAAGUGGAUUGGAUGAAGUACAUGGUCUAAAUGUAAUGCAAGCACAAGAGCACUCCAUGAUAGACCUGCAGUUUGAGCCAGAUAUUCCUCAGAGUGUCACACAAGAAGUUACCACGACAUAUACCCAACCUAAAUAUAUUGCUGUAAAGGCUGCUAUACCACGCAAGAAGAAUGAAACAGUUGUCACAAGUAACCCACCACGGCAAGUACCCAUUGCCCCCAAGCCGCCUAAGUUGAUUCCAGCAGCCCUACCUAAGUCCACAGCUACCUUCUCAUCUGGGAAACAAUAUGCAAUAGCACCCAAACCCGUCGCUCUGGUCACAUCUAAGAAUGCCAGUUUAGUGAAGAAAAUGUCACUGUCUGGCGUUAUACAGGGUGGGACGAAAACUGGAAACUCAAUUUUAACUCAAAUAGGGAAGCAACUGGUAAUGGUUCCUGCGGGUGGUGGCCAAAAAAUCAAACUGGUUUCUUCUGGCUCAGGGUUGCCAGUGCAAUACGUGCGCGCGAGUACUGACCAGGCUGAACUUAUAAAAAAUGUCAGUAGCGGCAACACUCAGAAGCCUGUUUUAGCAAAGGUUAUUGUUCAAGGGCAAGCCAACACAGAUCCUGCAAGCCAGUCCGCUGUGAUUACUAAGCUGUUACCUUCCUCUUCUACCGCCAAUAUGCAGACGCGAUACGUCAUGCAGCAGAAAACCGUGCCCAUCUCUAUAGGAACUAAUAAGGUGAUUAUGGCGUCUCCAACGAAACAAGGUGUGAAGUUCGCCAAGAAACAAUUAAUAGCUAUUAAGUCGCCUACAUCCUCGAUCGCGCCGACAACGACACAAGUUGCUCCUACUACCAAAAAGGUGGUUAUAACGGCGAAUCCAAGUCAAAAUGUUAUACUGAAGACUACAGCCCCUCCUAAAACCGCACAGAUAAACAAGGAUGGCAAUGUGGUGAUACAAGGACAACGAUCGCAGUUACAUCAAAUCAAUGUUCCUGGGAAAGGGAUCCAAUACAUUCGACUGAUAACCAACCCCUCAGCCGCGACACAGAAGCAGUUCUUAAAAGGACAAACUCCUACACAAGCUGCUCCCUCUAAAAGUUUCGUCCUCACUGAUAAUAAAGGUAAUCUAAUUCAGAUGACUGCAGAGAAAAUGGGCAGUAGCCAACCGCCACCGCUGGUACUCACAGGAAAUACGACAGCAAAAAUGACUACGAAGCCGAAAAAGUUGGUGCGAAUAGCUCCGGUUACUGUGAAACCCGCGCAAACUGUGCAGUUACAGCAACAGUCAGCCCGUUCGUCACAGAGCCUACUAGCGCCACUAUCACCAAUGGCGGAGCAUAAUUUGGAGGAAGUCGCAGACCUUUUAGAAGGUGGCAGUACUAAUGAGGAAGCGGAUGUGUCCGGGAAUGACGCGUUAGAGCAUUCUGGUGAACGAGAAAUUGAACGAGAUGCCGAUCGGAGUGAGGACGAGAGGGAGUCCAAAGCCGCAUUGCGAGCUCUCAUUGCCGACACCGUGGGCGAAGACUCACAAGAUAACCACGGCAUGCAAGAAAUAGAAAUUAACUAUGAGAGGCAACAGUCUUCAGUGGAAGAUGAGAAUACAAACAGCAUGGAUCAGGACAGCAGCCACAGGUCGGAUGAACAUCCUCUUAUCGUCAUACCAUCCAGCUACAACAAGCAGAUGGGGGAAGAGAGAAGUUUUACCACUAUAGAACAUGAAGUUUUACCUUAUCUCUCGCCCAAACCGUCUCAAGAACUCUCAGAAAGUGGUAUUUCAGAUUUAGUAUCGGGCGACUUAGGGAUGAGGCCUCGGAAGGCGUGUAACUGCACCAAAUCGCAAUGUCUCAAGUUGUACUGCGACUGUUUCGCUAACGGCGAGUUCUGCAACCGUUGCAACUGCAACAACUGUCACAAUAACCUCGAGAAUGAAGAGCUCAGACAAAAGGCCAUUAGAGCAUGUCUGGAUAGGAACCCUAAUGCUUUUAGGCCUAAGAUAGGUAAAUCGAAAACUGGUGGUCCAGACAUUAUAAGGAGACAUAAUAAAGGAUGUAAUUGUAAAAGAAGUGGCUGUCUCAAGAACUACUGCGAAUGUUAUGAGGCAAAGAUAGCGUGUACGUCGAUGUGCAGGUGUGUGGGGUGUCGCAACGUGGAGGAGACUUUGGAGAGGCGACGUGACGCCAUGCGACUUAGGGAUAAACUGUCUGACCCCAUGUUCCGGCCACCGACAAUAGGACAAGUCAAGCAACCAUGCAGCUUCAUGACGUCGGAGGUAAUAGAGGCGGUUUGCCAGUGUCUAUUGGCGGCGGGAGUAGAGGGCGACGGGGGUGGGGGCGCGGGCGCGGCUGGCGAUGGGGGCGCGGGGUCCGGCCUGGAGCCGCGCCCCGAACCCGACCCCAUGCGUGACGUCAUCGAGGAAUUCGCGCGCUGCCUGCAAGAUAUCAUCAGCGCGUCGCACCAGUCAACCUCGCUCUCUGUACUCGAUGAUGGAUCAGCAUAGCAGUGCCUUCCGAGGGUGUUCAAGAGUUAAAUAAUUUUCUAAAUGAUAAGUCAUAGGAUGACAAAUCUCACUAGCGCAAACAAUAAUGCUUAGCGACUGUGCGUGUGCUGCAGUGACUGGGAGUCCGACUUUUGUUUAAAGUGUUCGAAUGUUUAAUUG